CUACCCCUUGGGUGGUGUGGAAACUUGGGUCACGUUGCAACAAGGACAAACGCACGUGUGGUGGGGGGUACGCUGCGCUUGCAUAUAAGCGACUGCUGCGAAUGUAUCCAGCAUUGUGCAAUCAUGUACAGUUGCAGGCACCUUGUGUUGGCGUUUUCCGUGGGAGUUAUGACUGUGUCUACAACCUUGAUAGCGAUUCUCUGCAGAGCACGCCUGCCUCCCGGAGUCGGCUACACUCGCUUGAUGCUGAUACUGGUGGGCCUUCUUAUCGUUGCAGCACCCCUCGUUGCUGGUGACGACGACGGACCGCCUCCGCGGAAAGCCCCUCGAUUGGUGGGCAACGACGAUGACCCCCGGCCCGAUCCCCACCCCGAGGUCCAGGACUCCCCAUUGUCGCCUGACCCUGAUGACAGUGUGGAGGAGUAUGACUCGGAUGCCACCGUGGAGAACCUGAUACCCGGUUCUCCUGACCCGUGGGCUUUUGGACCGAGGCCGAGGCAGAGGCCUCUCAAUGACACAGCGGUUGAGGACCUUCUGCUGGGACCCUGGGAAGUGUUGGAGGCUGCCAUCACGGGUAUGCCUCUACCACCGUCUCCAUCACCGCCCCGGGCCGCAGCCCGCAGGCUCCCUCUCCAGACGAUGCCGCUUCCUCGGCCGCGGCGACUUCCGAGGAUAAGUAUCGCCCCGGCCCAGGCCCCCUCGACGUCCCGGUCCUCUGGUGGGUCCAACGUAGCGACCGUCGCCCCGGUCCCCUCGACGUCCCGGUCCUCUGCUGGGCCCACGACCCAACCCUCUACCUCAACGGGUCGAACCGGCGCUUGUAGAAGGCCUCCUACAGCUGCAUCAGGAGUAGAUGUGGCACGGCAGAGGUUACGGGAACUGGUGCUGGACCAUUUCCUUCAAGUAUUUGUUUCGCCGGCGCACGCUCCCGUGGCGUGCACUGUGGGGGCGUUGGUUGCGAUGUCCACCCUGAGGGCCGAGCUCAGGGAUAUGCUCUGGCUCGUCGACCAUCUUCUCGACGAGACGCCCCGUGACCAGAGCCUCGUGAUAGCGUACGCGCUUUGGAGGGAAGUGCGCUCGUCGUUGGAGGGUCUGCUCAUCGGCAUCGGCGAGAGCAUGGAGUCGGCGGCCUCGAGGGAUCCCUACGACAUCGACCCUGAGGAACCGGAACCGUCGCCCCCGGCUAGGCACGUUCGCUGCUGUGUCUGUAUGGACAGAUUGCCGACGGUAGGGUUGAGGCCUUGUGGACACACUCUGUGCCCACAAUGUGCCCAUAGGCUCUUACGUUGUCCAAUCUGUCGGGUGAUCAUCCACGGGAGGAUGCCAUUGUUUUUUUCUUAAAAUUUUUAAAAUAAACAAGUUUUUUUGCUA